GGUUCCGAAACUUUUGUCUUCUUCUGCUUUUGGAUAUGAGUAUGAACCGAAUUUGAUUGCUUCACUUGAACUCCAAAUUCUGUUGCGUUUCACCACUCGAGUCGUAAUUCGUAUUGAAUAUAGCUACUCCUGUUUUAAAUUAUUAGUCGUUUUGACUUUUCUAGGUGUAUAAAUUUUGCUAUACAUCUAGAUAUAUAUUAUGUCUAGAUGCGCAGAAAAAAUUAUAUAUCUAGAAAAAUCAAAAUAACUAAUAAUUCAGGUUGGAAGGAGUAGUAGUAAAAUUGAAUAAUUAGCGUGCAGUGCUCCAAAAAUUGGCCUGGCUGUCCACGAAAAGCCUGACCCGUUUCGAGUCCAUAGAGGCAGGAUGCAUUGUGGGCUGAAUGGGCUGAAACGGACCGAGUUUUUUAGAGCUAGCGGGCUGAUCCAUAGCUAGUGGUCUGAUUUCUAUGCAUGGCCAAGGGCGCGGAGCCGAGGAUGCUGUCCGCCGCGCGUCAUCAAGCACAAAAGCAGGGGCGCCUGCGUUCACCUCCGUCCGCGCACCUCUAGGCUCGAGCAGCACUAGCUCCUCGACACAGCGCCCGUUGUUUGCGCGAUCCACUUAUUCCUCGCUCCCAAUGCAUGCCUCGCCAUUGACACCUUCUACAUGUCCGGGCUCCUGGCCUCCCGUUCUACCGCUUGUUUCUCUCUCUUCUCCCUCCCCCGUCUCCGGCAGGCGCGCGCUAGCUUAGCUCUGCUCCACCCGCCCCGUCGGUCGGCGUUGAUGCGCGGCGAGGCGACGCGGCGGCCGUGUCAUGAGGAAGCUGUGCCCGAACCUGGACCGCGACGACUCCCUGGACACCGUGCUGGAGGUGCCCAUCCCCGAUGAGAUGCUCAUCAACGCCCCCGGCGCCGACAAGCGCCGCGGCGCCGGGGGCGCCAACAUGCGCGCCUGGCUCAAGAACCAGGCCUUCGACCGCGCCACCGUCGACGGGGCCGCCCCCGCGACCGCCGAGCUCCAGCUCUUCCUCAACGUCGUCGGCUCGCCGCUCAUCCCCUGCCCCGUCCCGCACGACCGCGCCUUCAGCCGCUCCAUCCGCGACUCCUCCAUCCAAGCGUCGACGGCCAAGUACAUCAUCCAGCAGUACAUCGCGGCGACGGGCGGGCAGGCGGCGCUGCAGGGGGUGCGGAGCAUGUACGCCGUGGGCAAGGUGCGGAUGUGCGCGUCCGAGUUCCACCUCGGCGACCAGACCGUCACCGCCGCCCAGGGCCGCGCCGAGGUCGGCAGCUUCGUGCUCUGGCAGAAGACCCCCGAGGUCUGGUUCUUCGAGCUCAUCAUGGGCGGCCACAAGAUGAGCGCCGGCAGCGACGGCAAGGUCGCGUGGCGCCAGUCCGCCGCCGAUCAGUCGCACGCCUCCCGCGGCCCGCCACGCCCCCUCCGCCGCUCCCUCCAGGGCCUGGAUCCGCGCUCGAUCGCCAACCUCUUCUCGGACGCGGUGUGCAUCGGCGAGAAGGUCCUCAACGGCGAGGAGUGCUUCAUCCUGAAGCUGGAGGCCGGCGCGAUGACGCUGCGGGCGCGGAGCGCGCCGGCGUUCGACAUCAUCCACCACACGGUGUGGGGCUACUUCAGCCAGCGCACGGGGCUGCUCAUCCAGCUCGAGGACUCCCACCUGCUCCGCAUGAAGUCCGGCAAGGGCGCCCGCCGCAGCGAGAACAUCUUCUGGGAGACCAGCAUGGAGUCCGUCAUCUCCGAUUACCGCUACAUCGACGGCAUCAACAUCGCGCACGGCGGCCACACCACCGUCACCCUCUUCCGCUACGGCGAGGGCUCCGUCAACCACAAGCGGAAGCUGGAGGAGACGUGGACGGUCGAGGAGGCCGACUUCAACGUGCACGGCCUCACGACGGACUACUUCCUGCCGCCGGCCGACCUCAAGAAGGACGUCGACAACCAGAAUAAGUGAUCGGCUAGUGUUCGAUUGAUUGUUGCUAUCAGUCCAGGACAUGAAAUUCACCCAGGCAAAAUUUUUGAUAGGGGUGGCGGUAGUUCUAUGUUCUUCCAUUUCUCUCCUUUUUUCUGAUUGAAAUUGCAGAAGAUAUGAGCAUGCAUGUGUUCUUCCAGAAAUAGAAUUACUUAAUGAUUAUUUUUAGGAGAAAACAUGGUUACAUCAUGUACAGAGUGUAGAAGCUAUGAGGGGUGGGAGUUUUGAUUAAAUUCUUCGAUUUUGGUUGGCAAUUUCUGUCAAACAUUUGAUAGUGUACCAAAUUGGUUUCAUCCUU